AUGAGGAAGGACAAGUUUUAUCGUACAAUCUCUGGGGACACGGACGAGAGCAUUGUGAGCACGAGGAAUCGCGACGAGCAUGCUAGGAAGCGACGGCAGAUCUCCAAUGUCUUCUCUCACCGGAACGUGCUAAGCAUGGAGUCACUCGUUGCUGCCAAAGUUCAGCAGCUUGUUGAGCGAUUGGAUGCUGCGGCCGCGAGCGGCGAGAUGAUUGAUAUCCGACAGUGGUUGAAUUACUUCACUUUCGAUGUGAUUUCUAUGAUGGCUUUUGGAAAUGACCCCGGCUUCCUACGCUCCGGCAACGCACAAGCAGCUGCUGAAACCACCAAUGGCAGCAAGGUCUACAGGGUCGAUCCCAUUAUGUCGUUCCAAGACAAUACCGUUCAUGUCGCAACAUUGGGUCACUGGCCGGCUCUUCUUCGUGUGACGAAACCUCUGACACGUUGGUCGAUGUAUAGCAAACGUGGGGAUGACUUCACGAAUAUGUGCAUUCAUCAAGUGCGAAGGAGGCUUGAAAAAGUGUCGCAUCCCCGUAACGACUUCUUUCAGCAUCUUCUGACGGACAGCAAGGGCGAAAAGCGGUGCCUGCCUUUUGGGGAGCUGGUCCAGGAGGCGGGCGUACUUUUGAGCGCUGGAAGCGAUACUACAGCCUCAGCAAUGACCAACACGCUCUACCUUUGGCUUCGGCAUCCGGACGUCUUGGAGAAACUCCGCACUGAAAUUGAAAGCGCUCUACCCGACACAAAAUCUGCGAAGCAUCUCGUCGUUCUCCCUCACACGCCCAUGAGGAAUGUGGACUAUUUGCGUGCUUGUCUCGAUGAAGGUCUUCGGCACCUCCCACCAACGAGCAUUGGUCUCCUACGGAUGACGCCACCCGAGGGGGCUCGGAUUGCUGGUCACUGGAUAAGAGGCGGCGUCACGGUCUCAGUUCCAACCUACACUAUCCAUCAUGAUACGACUCUCUUCUCCGACCCCUGGACAUACAGGCCCGAGCGAUGGCUGGAGGGGAACGCAAAAGAGCGCCAAAAUCUGAAAGACUAUGUGAUUCCCUUCACGUUGGGCAGACACGCUUGCAUAGGUAGAAACAUAGCGUUUCUGGAGCAGACCGUCGUUCUGUCAACACUCGUGACGCGUUAUGCCUUUGAAUUCACGGCUCAGGGCUUCCAGUUGCCUGUGCUAGAACGUAUUAAUGCGAACCCUGGGCCGUUGCCUGUCCUUAUACUAUAUAGAAUUUGA